AUGAAGUUUGAGUUCAAGCUUAGUAGGAUGGGUCUCAAUUCAUUGAGGCCCAUUAAUAAUGAAAUUGAAUUCACAGAAGAUGCCGAUAGUAUGACAGACGAAAGUUCCAUUUUUGACUCGAUUCCUACAAGUAACUCUAUUAGUGUCAUAAGUGAAGAUAUUGAAGAGAAGAAAACCUUUUCCAGGCCUAUAAGUUGCUAUACUACUCCUCCUUUAUCAAAUGUGAGCUUAACUUACAAAACCUUCGAAAAGCUACCAAACCGAGACUUGAUGAGAAAAAGUUCGUGGUUAGAGAAUCCAGUUUGUACUUCAUUAAAAAGAAAGGAAGAUGCUUAUAAAAAGAACAAUAAUACUCUUAAUAAUUCCAAGGAUUUUGAUUAUAGUUCAACGAAUAAUGAAGGUAGAAGGUAUGAGUUUUGUCAAAAUGUAGAAAUCGGCAUUGGGGCUACGGAAGAACAGUUUAUAAUAGUGGACAAGAAAGAACUGACGAUUUUAGAUUUAGAUACAUUAGACGAUAAUUCAUUCACGUCAACAUCGACCAGUUUUCAUCUCGAGGAUGUUUCAAACGUAUCUUGCUCAACAAUACAGUCCACUAACAGAAUAAACAGGACUGCCAGAAUGAAGCCCGAGUUUGAUCAGAAUAUCGUCAGAAACAGAUUAUCAUUCUUACAACCCACCAGUUCCAGUAUAAAGAUAAAAAUCUACAUUAGUGAAAAUGAUCAACUUGAAGACGUAAUAGCUUUGAAAGUACAGAAAGAACAUUUACAAGAUAUAAAUGAGUUAAUUGACAUAAUAAUAUGUAAAAUUACCAGUAUGCGUUCAGAUAUAAAUGGGGAGAAUAUCAAAUUGUUCCUAUUUUUCAAAAAAGAGAGCAUCAGACCGAUUCUUCUUUCAAAGACAGCUAGUGAGACCACUAAUGAUUUGAAUUUAAAUUCAUUUGACAACAAUAGCAUGAUAAUGGAUUAUUUAUCGGGAAGAGAAAAGCUUUACAUCAGAGCGUUAGUUUAA